UUAUUAUUAUUUAUUAUGUGAUCAUAAAAUGUAAAUAUACAUGAAAUUUCCGCAAAAGCACUGCAGGAAAAGGCACCAUACAAGCGAGUCAUUUUCAAGCCGACGAAUAAUCAAAGCUGAUAUUUCCGCGUUAGAUCGCCUUAUCCUUUAGCAGAAAUUUUAUAUUCUGAGUUUGAUUUUGAGGCACUUAGGAUUAGAUCUCCACAUCACCUUUAUCCAAUUUCCUUUUGAUCCCUUCAGCUUACAUGCUAAAAACCUAAAACCAUAGCUAAACUAAAUUCUUAUCUUUUUCAUCGUUUAAUUUGCCAAGCCAUCGACUCCUUUUUCCACAUAUAUUCCAACAAUGGUCUUUUUCAUUUACUACUUAAAAAAGUCUAAAUUACACGUCUAAAUUGUGUAUCAAUUUAUGCACUAAAAUGGAGAUUAAUUAUAAUUUGUGAAUGUAUCUAUUUCAUGUGUCAUCUUGUUAUUUUAUUAUUAUUUUUUUUCUAAAAGUAACAGGAUUCAAUUUAUUAUCCGACUCUUUCAGCAAAAAAUGUAUUUAUUUGCUGUUGAAUCAAUACUUAUGUACACAAAACUUGCUUUGACAAAAAAAAAAAGUGCACAAAACGUGUCUAUUUUGAUGAAUAUCAAACAAUAGUACUUGGGUUUCUUUGGUUUUAGUGAAAAGAACAUAAUGGCUAUGGUGAAGAGUGGACGAGAGUUACUAAAGUAUGAAGAUUGUAUUGGUUUUGCAUGACCCUGUUGCAGUGAGAUAUACUGAGAGAGGAGCCAAAGCUUGAGAAAGAGAGAAAUGGAUAAGGCAAGUCCGAAGGGGACCGCGAAAAGGGAUCUGAACUGAGUAAAAUGCAGCAGGAGGAAGACGUAGCAACGAAGGGGUCUCAUUCAAAUUUCGAGCAAGAGGGAAAAAGAAUGACAGAGAAAUGAGUAGAUGGGAUCAAAUGACUCAUUCUCAUCGUGGGCACUUGGGACCCACAAGAAAUCCCUAGAUUAGAGAGUUUGCCAAUGGGAAGACAAAGAUCAGGAUGAACUUUCCAGUCUCAACCAAUGAAAAUCCAGAUAAGGCCUUCUUGUUGUGGACCCAAAAAGCGCAACACAUCAUUGCUAAAAGAACCCAAAAGUGCAUCCAAAGGCCGUUGAAAAUGAUGUAAAAGAGCGGUUUGUUGGUCACACUCCCCACCGUAUACAAAAUAAUUGUACCACUUUAAGGAGUCUCUCAUUUUUAUUUUUUAGAUUAAUUUCUAUGCCUGUUCUUUGCUUUUAAAAUCCCAGCUUUUGUUUAAUUUGGACCAGUCGGGAUAUUAGCUCCAUGAUUUCUACCAAAAAUGUGGCGAACGCCGUCUGUGGCAAAACGGCAAGAGCUUGUGAUAGCUGUAUAAAGAAACGGGCUCGUUGGUACUGUGCUGCCGAUGAUGCUUUUCUUUGUCAAGCCUGCGAUUCUUCUGUUCAUUCGGCGAAUCCACUAGCUCGUAGACAUGAAAGAGUUCGCCUGAAAACUUCUUCUGUUAAGUCCUCAAUUACUGAAGCUCCUUUGGAGAGCUUUUCACCAUCAUGGGAUAAAGGGUUUACCAGAAAGGCAAGGACAAGGCGACCCGCGAAGCCUUCUAUUCAUCAAAAGCUACUUAUAGCUGAGCUUACGAUAAAGAAAAACAAUCCAAUUCCUCUUGUGCCUGAAGUUGGUGCUGACGAGAUAUCGCAUGAAGAAAACGAAGAGGAGCAGCUUCUUUAUAGGGUACCAAUAUUUGAUCCCUUGGCUGCUGAACUAUGCACUUCUACAACGUCAAAUGAGGCUGUUGUGAGCGCUGAAGGAAACGAUGUUGAAACAACUGAUGCCGCUGCGAGUGAAUCUAAAGCUUUCCUGGCUUGUAAGGGAGAAAACGUGGAUGGUUCACAUGGGCUUUUCCCGUCUGAGAUGGAUCUUGCAGAGUUUGCAGCUGAUGUUGAGAGUUUGCUUGGUAAGGGCCUGGAAAAUGAGUCCUUUGCCAUGGAGCAGCUGGGGCUGAUGGACUCUAAAGAGAAGGACUUCAGGGAUUGUUCCUUAUCAAAUGGUGAAGUGAAGAUUGAAGACGAAGAGUGUUUUGAAGCUGGUAAAGAGUGCCAUGUCGAUUCUGAAAUCGAUAUGGCUAGAGAACCCUUUGAGUUGAGUUUUAACUAUGAUUCUCCAGCAAGUUGUGGAGAGGGGGAUGAAUUAGUAAAGGAGGUGGUAACAGUGAAGAGUAAUAGGGAUGGGGAAUUUGAGGAGGAUACUGCAAAAAAGAAGAAGAGGAAGAUACUUUUGAGCCUGGAUUAUGAAGCGGUAAUCACUGCCUGGGCAACCCAAGGGUCUCCAUGGACUUCUGGUGGCCGACCAGAUUUUGACCCAGACGAAUGCUGGCCUGAUUGCACGGGAACUGGUGGAACAGAAGUUCAGCACAGCUAUAGUGAUUUGAAUAUUGGAAUGGGAGGCCACCAGGCAGUGAGGGAUGGAGGUAGAGAAGCACGAGUAACAAGGUACAGAGAAAAGCGGAGAACAAGGUUGUUCUCGAAGAAAAUAAGGUACGAGGUUCGCAAACUGAAUGCGGAGAAGAGGCCUCGAAUGAAAGGGAGGUUCGUGAAGAGGGCAUCCUUUCUUGCUGCGGGACCUGCUUUUCCUUAGCUCAACAAAUAGCUGUUUAAACAAUUCAAUUUGUUUGUACUACUAAUCACCGGUGAACUAAUGGGAAUUACUGUUUAGGCCUUUAAUAUUGUCCUUACACUCCAAAUAAUUUUAAAAAUAAAAGUAUAAAUUGCAGGUGCUACUGAUAAGCAGACCCAAGUGGGGAAAACAUUUGUCGCUCGCCGUGUCACCACUUCGACUUGAAGAGAUCAAGUUUACCCAUGUUACGGGUGAAUUAAUGAUGGAUUGAUAUUGGAGUUAGAGAGUUGGGCCUCUUGCGUAUCAGUCCAAGAAGCAAAUAUUUUAAGUCUGUUAAUUAGUAUCAUGUCCUUAGCUAGAGGGAUUAGUUAUGUGUUGAGUCAGAACCUGUGAUGGAUAUUUAGCUAGAGGUAACUGUUGUAAUGGAGUUUUCUGGAAUAAAAUACAGUCACAAGAUGUGCCUUUCUCUUUCUUCUACCUUUCUUCCUCUAUUUCCUCUACUCUCUCUCUCUCUCUGUUUCUAGCAUGCUGCAGAAGCUAAUUUUCUUCUCUGUUACAUUCGGUUUGAAUCAAUUGGUAUCAAAGCUUAAGAUCUUGACUAUGGUAAAUGAUAAAUUUCGUAAGGAAAUCAAUGCUAUUUUGUUCGAUAGGUGGAAAAAAAAUUGAAGUAAUGGAAGAAACAUUGGAAGAAAUGAAGCAGGGAUUUAAUAAGGUGCUGUUGGAUAUCACGACCAUUGUUUUGGAAGAGUUUGGCUCCUCAAUAAACCAUGACUUACCAACAGACCAACCUAUGGAGCUUGAGUCAUCUGAGAAGCACAAGAAUUUGGUGGGCAGAUCUGGGGUCUUGAAUAGCUUCGGUAACCAAGAACAACAACGGGUGGCUCUAGAGCUUAAUAUCAAAGUAUUCACUAUAUCGGGAGCUCUGAUGAUAUCCUUCUUCUUAGGCAAUCAUAAAAACUUAGAAAAUAUGUAUGGAGUUAUUAAAUGAAUGAAAUUUUGAAUAUUUUUAAUUGGUAAAUCGUUAAAAGCGUUAUUUUUCUCCUCAACCUCAGUAUGUCCAAUUUUCUUCAUCUGAAAAUCCGAAACAUUCCCAGAAACCCUUUCUCUUUUCUCUUUACUUCUUCUAUCCCUUACCUUACUUCUUUCUCUUUUGCUUUUCAUUUCAGUCUUCACUCCAAUCAUGGCCGAUUUGGGUUCUUCACUAGUCAUGCCCAAGAUUUGGUCCAAAUCUCUACAUUACUUAAUUACAAUUUGCGAUUUGGCUUUGCUAUUGCAAUCAUAGCUGCAACUGGUAAUUAAGUUAUUAAUCAAUUGUUUAUGAAGUUAGUAGUUGAUGAGUUGGUUCUACAAGUUUGAGUUGACAGCCUACAGCAGGUGUUUGAAGCGUAUAUGAUGUUAUAUCGGUUUAAUUAACCUUUGAUGAUAAUCAUGUUGUUGCUUUUCAAGAUUAUGGAUAUGGGCAACAUUUUGCGAAAGUUAGAAUUGCAAAAGCUCUCAUGGAAUCACUUCCUGCAGGGCUUUGAACUUGGGGAAGAUGAGGCCAAAUAGGUUCAUGUCUUGAGGAAGGUUCAAAUUUCUUACCAAGAGGUGGCUAUGCAUGAGAACAUCCGGGAUUACUUCCUUCUCCUAGGAGAGGAUGAGCAACUGGCUACUAUUGUCCAAAGGGUAUUGGACGAGGAAAAAGGUUGGAAUGGGGCCUUUGCCAAAGAGAAUGAAGAUGUGGCUCUCUAAGGCAAAGGAUGUAAAUAUUCCAUUUUCUUGUUUAGUGGCAUGCUACCAUUAGUGUAAAUUGUGGUACUAUUAUGUUGCUAUUUUGUAUGACUUAUGUUGUUCACUUGCAAUUCUUUUGUUGUUAUUAUAGUUAAGAGGGUGGCUGUGAAGGCCAAGAAACCUAAGGCCUGUCGAAAAAGUCUUUCUGUUGAAGGCAUGCAGCCAAUGUGUCAUGGUUAGGCCUUGGUGUGCCUUGGUCCUAUCAUGACUAGCCUUGAGUUGUGCAACAAAUGAGGUAUUGUUAUCGGGACAAUGGUCUUGGAGUUGUGUGUGAGCAUUUCAAGCAUGAAAACAUGUUGUUGAUAUUGUGUGUGGGUAGUAUGAGCCUUAGGCCCCAAAAUACUUGGGCAAGUGCGAGGCAGUGGAUGGGUGUCUUGGAGUUGGUUAGCUAGUCAGGUGCUAUCGGUCGAAGCCAUGUGCUAGCACCCUCGAGUGGGUUGAUGGAGCAAUGAGUGAAAUGCUAGAA